CUCCGCCGCCGUCGCUUGAAUGGUGGAGCCGAGGCUGGGCUCGUGAACACACAGUGACAGCUAUAGGGCAGGCGGAGGCACCAUCCCCGCUUCCCCUCGGCGGCGGGGUGUCCCGCCAGCGGCCCUGAAGUGACCCAUAAACAUGUCUCGUGAGAGGAAAGGCCUCUCGGAGCUGCGAUCGGAGCUCUACUUCCUCAUCGCCCGGUUCCUGGAAGAUGGACCCUGUCAGCAGGCGGCUCAGGUGCUGAUCCGCGAGGUGGCCGAGAAAGAGCUGCUGCCUCGACGCACCGACUGGACCGGGAAGGAGCAUCCCAGGACCUACCAGAAUCUGGUGAAGUAUUACAGACAUUUAGCACCUGAUCACUUGCUGCAAAUAUGUCAUCGAUUAGGACCUCUUCUUGAACAAGAAAUUCCACAAAGUGUUCCUGGAGUACAAACUUUAUUAGGAGCUGGAAGACAGUCCUUACUACGCACAAACAAAAGCUGCAAGCAUGUUGUGUGGAAAGGAUCUGCUCUGGCUGCAUUGCAUUGUGGAAGACCACCUGAGUCACCAAUUAACUAUGGUAGCCCACCCAGCAUUGCGGAUACUUUGUUUUCAAGGAGGCUGAAUGGGAAAUACAGGCUUGAGCGACUUGUUCCAACUGCAGUAUAUCAGCACAUGAAAAUGCAUAAACGAAUUCUUGGACAUUUGUCGUCUGUGUACUGUGUAACUUUUGAUAGAACUGGCAGACGGAUAUUUACUGGUUCUGAUGACUGUCUUGUGAAAAUCUGGGCCACAGAUGAUGGCAGAUUGUUAGCUACUUUAAGAGGACAUGCUGCUGAAAUAUCAGACAUGGCUGUAAACUAUGAGAAUACCAUGAUAGCAGCUGGAAGUUGUGAUAAAAUGAUCCGAGUCUGGUGUCUUCGAACAUGCGCACCUUUGGCUGUUCUUCAGGGCCAUAGUGCAUCUAUAACAUCACUACAGUUCUCACCAUUGUGCAAUGGCUCAAAGAGAUACCUAUCUUCUACUGGAGCAGAUGGCACUAUUUGUUUUUGGCUGUGGGAUGCCGGAACCCUUAAAAUAAAUCCAAGACCUGCAAAAUUUACAGAGCGCCCUAGGCCUGGAGUUCAAAUGAUCUGUUCUUCUUUUAGUGCUGGUGGAAUGUUCCUGGCCACAGGAAGCACAGACCAUAUUAUUAGAGUUUAUUUUUUUGGCUCAGGUCAGCCAGAAAAAAUAUCAGAAUUGGAGUUUCAUACUGACAAAGUUGAUAGUAUCCAGUUUUCCAACACUAGUAACAGGUUUGUAAGUGGGAGUCGUGAUGGAACAGCGCGAAUUUGGCAAUUUAAACGAAGAGAAUGGAAGAGCAUUUUGUUGGAUAUGGCUACUCGUCCAGCAGGUCAAAACCUUCAAGGAAUAGAAGAUAAAAUCACAAAGAUGAAAGUAACUAUGGUGGCGUGGGAUCGACAUGACAAUACAGUUAUAACUGCAGUGAAUAACAUGACUCUGAAAGUUUGGAAUUCUUACACCGGUCAACUAAUUCAUGUUCUCCUGGGUCAUGAAGAUGAGGUAUUUGUUCUUGAGCCACACCCAUUUGAUCCAAGAGUUCUCUUUUCUGCUGGUCAUGAUGGAAACGUGAUAGUAUGGGAUCUGGCAAGAGGAGUCAAAAUUCGAUCUUACUUCAAUAUGAUUGAAGGCCAAGGACAUGGUGCAGUAUUUGACUGCAAAUGCUCUCCUGAUGGACAGCAUUUUGCAUGCACGGACUCUCAUGGACAUCUUUUAAUAUUUGGCUUUGGCUCCAGUAGCAAAUAUGACAAGAUAGCAGAUCAGAUGUUCUUUCAUAGUGAUUAUCGGCCCCUUAUUCGAGAUGCCAACAAUUUUGUGUUAGAUGAACAGACUCAGCAAGCACCACAUCUUAUGCCUCCUCCUUUUUUGGUUGAUGUUGAUGGUAACCCUCAUCCAUCAAGGUAUCAGAGAUUAGUUCCUGGUCGUGAAAAUUGCAGGGAGGAGCAGCUCAUCCCUCAGAUGGGAGUAACUUCCUCAGGACUGAACCAAGUUUUAAGUCAGCAAGUGAAUCAGGAGAUCAGCCCACUGGACAGCAUGAUUCAAAGACUACAACAGGAGCAAGACCUGAGGCGUUCUGGUGAAGCAGGUGUCAGUAAUACCAGCCGUUUAAGUAGAGGUUCUGUAAGCUCUACCUCAGAAGUUCAUUCACCUCCAAAUGUUGGGCUAAGGCGGAGUGGACAGAUUGAAGGAGUACGGCAAAUGCACAGCAAUGCACCAAGAAGUGAAAUAGCCACAGAGCGAGAUCUUGUAGCUUGGAGUCGAAGGGUGGUAGUACCUGAGCUUUCAGCCGGUGUAGCCAGUAGGCAAGAAGACUGGAGAACUGCAAAGGGAGAAGAAGAAAUAAAGACUUACAGAUCAGAAGAGAAAAGAAAACACUUAACUGCUCCAAAAGAGAAUAAAACACCCACUGUCUCCAAGAAUCAUGCUCAUGAGCAUUUCCUAGAUCUUGGAGAAUCCAAAAAGCAGCAGGCAAAUCAACAUAGUUAUUGUACCAGAUCUGCAUUGGAAGAGAUUCCUAGACCUUCGGAAGAGAUAGAAAAUGGCACUAGCUCUUCAGAUGAAGGUGAAGUUGUUGCUGUUAGUGGUGGAACCUCUGAAGAAGAGGAGAGAGCAUGGCACAGUGAUGGCAGUUCUAGUGACUACUCCAGUGAUUAUUCUGACUGGACAGCAGAUGCAGGAAUUAAUUUGCAGCCACCAAAGAAAAUUCCUAAGCAUAAAACCAAGAAAGCAGAAAGCAGUUCAGAUGAAGAAGAAGAAUCUGAAAAACAGAAACAAAAGCAGAUUAAAAAGGAAAGGAAAAAAAUACAUGAAGAAAAAGAUGGACCAAUAUCACCAAAGAAAAAGAAUCCCAAAGAAAGAAGACAAAAGAGAUUGGCAGUAGGAGAACUAACUGAAAAUGGAUUGACAUUAGAAGAAUGGUUGCCUUCAACAUGGAUUACAGAUACUCUUCCCCGAAGAUGUCCAUUUGUACCACAGAUGGGGGAUGAGGUUUAUUAUUUCCGACAAGGACAUGAAGCAUAUGUUGAAAUGGCCCGGAAAAAUAAAAUUUAUAGUAUCAAUCCCAAAAAACAACCAUGGCAUAAAAUGGAACUACGGGAACAAGAACUGAUGAAAAUAGUUGGCAUAAAGUAUGAAGUGGGCUUGCCUACCCUUUGCUGCCUUAAACUUGCUUUUCUAGAUCCAGAUACUGGUAAACUGACUGGCGGAUCAUUUACCAUGAAAUACCAUGAUAUGCCUGACGUAAUAGAUUUUCUAGUCUUGAGACAACAAUUUGAUGACGCCAGAUAUAGGCGGUGGAAUAUAGGUGACCGUUUCAGAUCAGUCAUAGAUGAUGCCUGGUGGUUUGGAACAAUUGAAAGCCAGGAACCUCUUCAACAUGAAUACCCUGAUAGUUUGUUUCAGUGCUAUAAUGUUUGCUGGGAUAAUGGUGAUACAGAAAAGAUGAGUCCUUGGGAUAUGGAACUUAUACCUAAUAAUGCUGUAUUUCCUGAAGAACUAGGUACCAGUGUUCCUUUAACUGAUGUCGAAUGCAGAUCAUUGAUCUAUAAACCUCUUGAUGGAGAAUGGGGUUCCAAUCCCAGGGAUGAAGAAUGUGAAAGAAUUGUUGCAGGAAUAAACCAAUUGAUGACACUAGAUAUUGCUUCAGCAUUUGUGGCUCCUGUGGAUCUGCAAGCCUAUCCCAUGUAUUGCACUGUAGUGGCAUAUCCAACAGAUUUAAGUACAAUUAAACAAAGACUGGAAAACAGGUUUUACAGGCGGGUUUCUUCCCUAAUGUGGGAAGUUCGAUAUAUAGAGCAUAACACUCGAACAUUUAAUGAGCCUGGAAGCCCUAUUGUAAAAGCUGCUAAGUUUGUGACUGAUCUUCUUCUACAUUUUAUCAAGGAUCAGACUUGCUAUAACAUAAUUCCACUCUACAAUUCAAUGAAGAAGAAAGUUUUGUCUGACUCUGAGGAAGAAGAGAAAGAUGCUGAUGUGCCAGGAACUUCUACUCGAAAAAGGAAGGACUAUCAGCCUAGAAGAAGAUUACGAAAUAGAGCUCAGUCUUAUGAUAUUCAAGCAUGGAAGAAACAAUGUCAAGAAUUGUUAAAUCUCAUAUUUCAGUGUGAAGAUUCUGAGCCUUUCCGCCAGCCGGUAGAUCUCCUUGAAUAUCCAGACUACAGAGACAUCAUUGACACUCCAAUGGAUUUUGCUACUGUUAGAGAAACUUUAGAGGCUGGGAAUUAUGAGUCACCAAUGGAGUUAUGUAAAGAUGUCAGACUUAUUUUUAGUAAUUCUAAAGCAUAUACACCAAGCAAAAGAUCAAGGAUUUACAGCAUGAGUUUGCGCCUGUCUGCUUUCUUUGAAGAACAUAUCAGUUCAGUUUUAUCAGAUUAUAAAUCUGCUCUUCGUUUUCAUAAAAGAAAUACAAUAACCAAAAGGAGGAAGAAAAGAAACAGAAGCAGCUCUGUUUCCAGUAGUGUUGCAUCAAGCCCUGAAAGGAAAAAAAGAGUCAUAAAACCCCAACUAAAGUCAGAUAUCUCUACCUCUCCAUUCUCUACAACUACACGAUUAAUACCACCAAGGCAUAAUGCUGCGCAAAUAAAUGGUAAAACAGAAUCCAGUUCUGUAGUUCGAACCAGAAGCAACAGAGUGGUUGUAGAUCCAGUUUCCACUGAGCAACCUUCUACUUCUUCAGCAGCGAAGACUUUUAUUUCGAAAGCUAAUACAUCUGCAAUGUCAGGGAAAACAAUUCUAGAGAAUUCUGUGAAACAUUCCAAAACUUUGAAUACUUUAUCAAGUCCUGGUCAAUCCAGUUUUAGUCAUGGCACUAAGAAUAAUUCUGCAAAAGAAAACUUGGAAAAAGAAAAGCCAGUCAAACGUAAAAUGAAAUCAUCUGUACUCUCAAAGACAUCCACUUUUUCAAAGUCAUCAGCUCUCAUCGAGCAAGAUCGUAAGAACAAUGCUCUUGUACCAGGAAGCAUUCAAGUAAAUGGCCAUGGAGGGCAGCCAUCUAAGCUUGUGAAGAGGGGACCUGGAAGGAAACCUAAGGUAGAAAUUAAUACCAAUAGUGGUGAACUUAUACACAAGAAAAGAGGUAGAAAGCCCAAAAAGCUACAAUAUGCAAAGCCAGAAAAUGCUGAGCAAAAUAAUAUACACCCUAUCAGAGAUGAAGUAGUUCCUUCUUCAACAUGCAAUUGUCUUCCUGAAACUAAUACUGUAAAGGAGGAUUUGUUACAGAAAAAGAGUCGUGGAGGCAGAAAACCCAAAAGGAAGAUAACACAAAAACUAGACUCAGGUCUCAUAGUUCCUACAAGUGUUAAAAUGCUAAGGAGAAGUAACCGGAAAAAGACAGAUGAUCCUGUGGAUAAGGAAGAAGAGUUUGGGGAACUUAAAGGCUCUGAACCCCACAUGAGAACUAGAAACCAAGGUCGAAGGACAGCUUUCUAUAAUGAGGAUGACUCUGAAGAGGAGCAAAGGCAGCUGUUGUUUGAAGACACCUCUUUGACUUUUGGAACUUCUAGCAGAGGACGAGUCCGAAAGUUGACUGAAAAAGCAAAAGCUAAUUUAAUUGGUUGGUAACUUGUACCAAACUAUCUAUUUUACUUCAAAUCAUAAAGCAGGUACAAUUAAGGAAUACGUAGAACUAAGGCUUCUGUUUCCUUGCUGCUGUGGUGGUUUAGGGAAUAUUAUGAUUUGAUUUGCAAAAAAAAGGUAAACUUAUAAGAUACUUCACUUCUUUAAAUGAAUAUAUAUAUAAAUAUAUACAUAUAUAUUUUAAAUGUUUGCUAUUUAUUACCCUUAGGUAGUUACGCAUUUCAACAUUCAUUUCAUUCACUAUUCGAAAAAAACACCACCACAAAAUUGAGUACCUAUAAUAAAUUCCCUGUUUAUUUCUGGAAAAGACAGUUCUACAUUUUUAAGGAGCAUAAUAUUCCUAGUGAUAGAGCAUUUCAUGUUAAAAUGAAUUAUUUUUUACCAAGCCAGGUACAUUUCUAUUGAUACAGAAGUCAUGCCCCUUAGGAAGACAUACGUUACCAGAGCAGCAGUAAAUUAACUAAUGUGUUUCUUCUAAAGAUAAAUAUAAAAUUCCCACAAUUUGAUACCCUACAGAGUUUAAUUUUAAUUGUACAAUGUUCAUCUACAAAGAUUCUAGAGGAUGCUUUUGCUGUAUUCCAUUUCUGCCAAACAUAAGUGAAAAUGUACUGAUGGAAAGGAAACAUAUCCACAUUGGAAAACAUUUGACUGUCUAAUUUUUCAGACCUUGAUUCUUAUAUCAAUCACUUGAUCUCUGUUUAUUGUGCCAAAGAGUGAGAAUCAGUGCAGUGGAAAGCCUGUUUUUGACUGUCAGAACAGCAUAUACUUUUCAGUAUUGGAAAGGCUGUAUAUUAUUCUAAAGAGCGCGUUAUUAAAGAGUUAUGCUGAGAUGCAUCUUUUUUUGGUACUAAUAGUAGAAAGUAAUGCACUGGUGGGUCCUUUGACAGAGAUGUUUUAGAGAAAAUGUUUAAGUGGUUAAAGGAUUCAAGGAAAAUACAGGAAAAAUGUAUGGGAUUUGAUGUUUACUUAUUGAUCUGGAUUAAUGUCAUUUCUAAACUUUAGACAUAGCUAAUAGGCUAAAAUACUUACAAAGAAAUGUGUCUGUGUGUGUAUGUGUAUAUAUUGAUAAAUGGGUAUAAUUAAAUAUAUAUACAAACACAUACUUAUAUGCUAUUUCCCAGACAUAAAUUCUUUUCUUCAGGAUUUUUUAGAUAGUGGUAGAAUAAAAAUAAUUUUUAAAUGUCAUACUUUAGAGUUUAAUUUUAAGGGGAAGAUUGGUUAUUUUCAUUCAAUUAUUAAAAGUUAAAAUAGGCCAAAUCACUUUUUAUGCAAUCAUGUUUUAUACAGUGGUAUCAUUGCACAUUGUGUUUUUUCUGCACUUUUUACGGUAUCCUUAUCACGCUGGUAUGUCAAUAUACACCCUAAAGAAAAAAUUCCAUUUAAUGAUUGUGCCUUGUAUUCUAUUCUUUUUUUGCAUCAUUAGUAAAAUUAAGUUGUCUAUUGUAAAUGAUAAUUAUAUGACUUAGGAGAAUGUAUUGCUAUAUGUACUGCUAUGGAAAAGGAAAGCAGUUAUUUAUUUGUUUAUGGUACAGUUACUUAUUUUAUACCUUAAAAACCAACAUAAAUACCAUUUCUAUUGUUUAAAAAUUAUUGUCCAUUUUUUAAGAAGUUGAAAGAAUGUAGUAUUUUCUGAGGACUGGUAUGGUACAAAAAUGUAACCAAAAUUUUCAGAUACUACAUUUUUUUAUUUAAGUGAGGAUGGGAAAAUAUGUAUCAGCAUGACCCUGAUGUAGAAAAAUAAAGUUUUUAAUUGAACCUCAA